UAAGUUUGAGGCAGGUGGGGCAGCAAGCAGCAGGGCAGAAAGUGAUCCGUGCAGCUCCCUCAGCUACAGAAGGAAUUGGCCCAAGCAGCAAAAACUCCCAUUUUCUUUCUUGUCGCUGACGAGGGAAGGGAAAACUACAAAAACCCACCGUCAGCGUUCGCCGACGAAUACAAGCGCACUGAAUCAGGGCCCUCCUGUUCGGUGCUUGCUCACCUCAAUCAACCCCUUCAAUCCGCUUCGUACGGAAGCUUUGUGGCCGGCAAACCCGACGACGCCUUGAAAGGCGAUAAACCAAGGCGACAAAAUGUCGGCAGUCGCGACGAAGAACCCUUACGACGCCCUCGGGAACGACGUCGAAGAUGACACUCCCGCCCCGGUCCUGAAGCCCCCCGUCGAGAAAACAUCGACCCACACGGCCAAACGUAACACCGAUGGCCUGGCGCCUUCCAAGGGCCCGGUCCCAACGUCCGGGCGUCGCGGUGGCGGUGUGAGCGGCAACGAGGCUGCUUUCCGCGAUCGCAAUGCUGGGCGGGAUUCCAACCGUGGAAAGCCCACCGAUGAGGCCCCUCGUGGUGGUCGCCGGGGCGGUUACCGCGGCCGCGGCGGCAGACAAGAGGGUGAACGCCACCCCACCAAGACCGCACCUCACGCGAACUCGGACAAGCAGGCCGCCGUCGCCUGGGGUGCUCAAGAGGGUAAUGCCGAGCUGAAGGACGAGCAGGCUGGCGAGGCCAUUGCCCAAUCCGAGCAGAAGGCGGCCGCCGAAGGCGAGGCUGCCCCCGAGGGUGAGGCUCAGGAGGAAGAGCCCGAGGAUAAGCACAUUUCUUACGAGCAGUAUCUCGCCCAGCUGGCUGAGAAGAAGCUCGCCCUCGAAGCCGAAGCGGCCCUCAAGGUUCGCAAGCCCAACGAGGGCGUCAAGGACGACAAGUGGAAGGACCUCAAGCCCCUGUCUAAGAAGGAUGAGGAGGAGGAGCUCUUUGCCGGCACCGGUGGCAAGGCCAAGCGCGAGCGUGAGCGCAAGACCAAGCAGUUCCUCGAGAUCGAGAACCGUUACAUUGAGCCCGAGCGCACCCGGGGUGGCCGCGGCGGCCGCGGUGGUGCUCGCGGUGACGGUGCUGGCCGGGGACGUGGCCGUGGUGGUGCCCCGCGUGGCGAGUUCCGUGGUGGCGCUCCGCGCGGUGAGUUCCGUGGCGGUCGUGGCCGUGGUGGCCAAGCGCCUCAGGCUACCCUGAAUCCUCAGGAUCAGGACGCCUUCCCAAGCCUCGGCGGCAAAUAGUUCUCUCCUGUCUUGGAAUACUCCAUAGGAGUCUAGACAGACAGCUUGGUCAUGGUCUUUCUAUUCCUGGUAUCUGCGAGGUGACACCAGGGAGUCUUUGGGGGGUGGGAAAUCAGGUAGUCGGCAGGUGUUGGUGGUGACGGACGGGAAUCACGGAUAAUCAUCAUGUUGGCGUUGUUAACACAACGACUGCCCCCUCCACC